CCUCACUUACCCAUCCCGCGCUCUUCGCCUACCUCUCCCUCUCUCUGACGCUUCAAGUGACCUCUGCUAUACAAUGUCUAACUCGUGGGCGAAAGGAUCUUCUAACAACCUGUCUUGGGGGGCGGCAGCAGCGAGCGGCAAGCCUAAGCCAACCAAGGGGAAUGACGUACCCCCGCCCGCUACCGGCGGCGGAGCAGCUGGGUCUACCGCACGAGCGGCGGCACCGGCUGGAGGGGGCAAGAUGAAGUACGUGCCCCCGCCGACCAACGCCGGCGCGUGGAACCGCCCCAAGGCUACUGGGCAAGGCCCUUGCCAAUGGAAGGAGCUGGCGGAUAAGGAGGAUGCUCAACUGAAAGCAAGCAAGGAGGUCAUGAGGGCCGAAGCGAAGCAGAACAACUCGGUCGGCAUGAGCGGGAACGAUAUGGCCGACAUCGCCGCAACCAAGAUGGAGUUCGACCUGUGGACGAAGGCCGACGUGACGACGACGAGAAACUGGGCCAGGGCGGAGGAGUGCAGGAUCCCGAACAAGCGUGUCGCCAAGGGUGGCAGACUGCACAAGUUCAUCAACAUCCUGUUGAACAACUGCGAGUUCAUCAGUGAGCGGCUCGCCUCGGAGAAAAGGUACCAAGAUGCGUGCCGAGACCCGACCUUGCCUUCCGGUCUCGAUCUCAAGAGGCAGUUCGUGGCUCCCCUUGCCAAAAGAGUGCUGAACAAGGUGGAGGACGAGGAGAACGAGCAGGCAUUCAAGGAUGACGACCCGGACUCGGACGACAGCGAGGGACGCGCCAUGUGAUGCGACACGACGUGAUGCCGUUCCAUGUCCCACGUGAUGGCCGACGUUGUUGUUGUGGUUGUUGUUGUUGUUGUUGUUGUUGUUGUUGUCAAGAGGUUCGUUGGGCGAUGUGCGUGGCCGGUCCAGCAGCGCACAGCCGGCUUCCCACUACCGUGCGAUUGGCGCGGCUGGUGAACUCGACCAAAUGUGGUGCGGCAAUGUAAUACGCUGCAUUUGGUGGCGGGCGUAGCAGUACAACCGUGUACUCUUUCUGCCAUGUGCAUUUGGCAUUUCUGAGGCGUAAUUUUCCGAGUACGUCAUCUCAUUCCGCAUAUAUUUCGUGCAGCAUACUUUGCUUGGAGAAACGGAAGUUAUUUACAAUCAUUUUGCUACAAGUGGUCGUUGAAUGGGGUAGUUCAGGAGAGAGGCCACAAAUUCAUGGCCGCCCCCGAGGCGUUAGACAACAAAUGGUUAUGGGCGGAGCAGCGCACAGGGACUCAUUAUGCUUGCUACAACUGACCGUUUGGGAUUUUCUGUCCUUGCGAAAUUUUACAGGAUCUUUUUCUGGCUGUGACCACCGCUCUAUUGCGAGAACCCAGCAAUGGUUGAUUAUUCUUUGUACAGCAGUGCAGUUUUGAUGGGUGAACAUGUUGAUCGAUGCAAAAAUCGAAUGCACCCACCAUGGAACGAAUUUUGAGUGGUCAAGACUUCGCGGUGACGAUGUGUUCUUGAUCAGUCGGUCCAUGAGGAUUUAUUUGUGAUCUACAGCAGUGGUCAAAUACAGGUAUUAUUGUGUCGUCUGGGGGAGCUCUUCUUUCCUUCGUGUGUACCUAAGUGAGUGAGGUUGUUUGUGAUGUUGGAUUGGGUGGGCUCGGCCUCUAUCCCCCCCCCUGAAGCAGUUUGUUGAAGGUCUGAUUGGCGAUAAGAAGACGGCCACCGUUUCUACUUUGUAUUGUGUGUUUCCCGCUCCCGCUCUACCGCUGGCGCCCUCAAGACGCACUCACACCGUGUAUAAAGCUCAGGCUCCGCCCAUGCUCACGCGCACGCUUGUGGACCUCUUGAUCAAUAUGCACUCUCGCGCGCAGAGGGCGCCACGGCUCGCGGAGCACAUAUAGCUUUCCGGAGCGGGGCAUCAACGUCAUCAUGUCCUUGGUCAUGUGACGUAGAAAAUAAUGUGAAAAUGACCCCCCCCCACCUAAACAUCUCGGAGUUUUUGUUUUGUCUGUGUAUCCCCCGGUCGCCCCUGUAGCAACCGCAAGUUCUCUCCGUCACACCAUCUCUGCCCCCCCCAUCACACGUGUGAAGAGUGGCUACAGGCAUCCUCCACCUUAUCUAUUCUGAAAAGGGGGAAGGCCCACACCCACCAUGGACUUAGGCUGCACGUAUUCGCAACGGACACACCGCAAUCACCCACAAUCUAGAGAAAAAGCCUGGUUCGUAGCUGCUGCAUCAACACAGCACCCCGUGCACGAUGGCUGUCUUCUCUCUCUCUCUCUCUCUGGUACCACGAAUGCCUCACCCCGAGCGAUGGGCAAUCUAACAGUGUCCUACCCGUUUGAUCAGUGCCCUUCCGGUGCCUUUCAGUAGGCAACACAACAACAUUACAAACACGCAGGAUCGGAUGCGAUCCGGCAAACGCGGCUGAACGCAUGUUGCUGAAGAUGCAAAAUGCACAUCAACAGCACAUACAUCAUGC